AUGAAAAGUGCACACGUCCACUCUUCGCCGGGGCAACCAAUCCUCCUCCUCCUUCCGCAACGCAACCCGGCGGCGAUGGGUGAGCCGAACAAUGCUGUGGCCCUCAGAAAAUAUGGUCGUGUGCCGUCCUUCCCCGGCGACAAUUGUGCUCCCAGCACCGUCGCCCGGUGCGCCAACUCGUUUCCACCAACAGUGACAGCUGCACGACGUGUUGGGGAGGUGGCCCACGGCACCACCACGAGCGCGGCGCUGAGAGGAACCCAUGCCGCCCGGUCACACCCGGAAAUUGAUGAUGAUUCCCCACCUGUGCGCGCCCAGAAGUCGUUGCUUCCGGAGGCAAAAGUUCUUUUUUGUUUGCUUAAAGGCCUCCUUGCGCAGCUUCACUCGGCACGUCGUGUUGCAUUGUACAAUCCAACCACGAUCGCAGCAUCGUGCUUCAUUGGGCAGGGGUGCGGCAUGCUCUUUCUUUGCUCUCCGAAAUGCCUGGGGGAAUGGGCGGUCCCAUUUCUGGGCACCUCGAUAGCACCCUGA